GUACAGCAACAAAUCCAUCCUACGAGCACCAUGGAGCGAUUUGAGGACCACAACCCUCUACUGUUGUAUGCAGUCGGUGUGGUAACCCUGUACCUCUUUUAUCGACUUUUUAGAAUCGACCCUGAGGCUGCGGUGACUUACAAUGUCGCACCACCAGGGCAGGUCGCGCCAGGAUGGAAGGGCGAGGUGCUGCAGGAGCUUUCGAUGAAGGUCCCCGGCUCCACCCUGAUCCAAUGCUAUGCCCCCGCAACCGGCGAGUCCCUGGGCCACAUCAAACCCUCCACGACGGCCUCGAUCGACAGCGCCAUUGCGAAAGCCGCCGCGGCGCAAACACAAUGGGCACAGACAUCGUUCGCGGAACGGAGGCAGGUGCUCAAGACUAUGCUGAAGUUUGUCUUGGAGAACCAGGAGACCAUCGCGCGUGUGGCUUGCUUGGACUCUGGGAAGACGAUGGUGGAUGCGAGCUUGGGAGAGAUCUUGGUAACGGUAGAGAAGCUCAGGUGGGUUAUUGCACAUGGGGAGGAGAGCCUGAGGAGCGAGAGUAGGCCAGGGAACCUCUUGAUGGCGUACAAGUGGCAUGAGGUUAUGUGGCAGCCGCUGGGCGUUGUAGCGGCGUGUGUGAGCUGGAAUUAUCCUUUUCACAACUUGAUAUCGCCCGUCAUCGCGUCCAUCUUCGCCGGUAACGCCAUCAUCGUCAAGGGCUCCGAAAAUACGGCUUGGUCUAGCAGCUACUUCGCUUCAAUCGCUACCUCCGCCCUCAUCGCCUGUGGACACAGCCCGGAUAUCGUCCAGUCGGUUGUCUGCUGGCCCAACGUCGCAGAACACCUCACUUCCCACCCGGGCAUCGCACACAUAACUUUCAUUGGUUCUCGCCCCGUCGCCCAUCAUGUCUGCGCCUCCGCUUCGAAAGCCCUCACACCAGUCUGCGUCGAGCUCGGUGGAAAAGACCCGGCCAUUGUCCUAGACGACCUCUCAAACAGCGACUUCCAUCGCGUCUCCAGCAUCCUCAUGCGUGGCGUCUUCCAGUCCGCCGGCCAGAACUGUAUUGGCAUCGAGCGCAUCAUCGCCCUUCCCAACGUCUACGCCCGCCUCAUCGAGCACCUCACACCUCGCAUCAAAGCCCUCCGCCCAGGCUCCAUCCUCAAUGCCUCUUGCGACGACGCCCCCAUCGACAUCGGCGCCUGCAUCUCGGACGCCGGCUUUUCCCGCCUAGAAUCCCUCAUCGCAGACGCCGUAACCCAAGGCGCGCGCCUCGUCUGUGGCGGAAAGCGCUACGUCCACCCGCAGCACCCCAAAGGCCACUUCUUCUCUCCGACGUUCCUCAUCGACGUGACACCGUCCAUGACGAUCGCACAAGAAGAGCUAUUCGCCCCCGUCUUCACCCUCAUGCGCGCGGACUCCGUCGACCAGGCCAUCCGCAUCGCAAACUCGACGCCCUACGCGCUCGGCGCCUCCGUGUACGGCUCCUCUUCCCGCGACACCGAGCGUGUCGUUCGCGGGGUGAACGCUGGCAUGGUCGCCGUCAACGACUUUGCUGUUACCUAUAUGGUGCAGCUGCCCUUCGGUGGUGUAAAGGGCAGCGGAUACGGGCGGUUUGCAGGGCAGGAGGGGCUGAGGAGCGUGUGCAAUCAGAAGGCUGUUACGCGGGAUCGCUGGCCGUGGUUGGUGAAGACGAGCAUACCUGGUCCGAUGGACUUGCCGCUGAAGGGCAAGGGUGCGGGGGCGAGGGCGUGGAAAAUGGCGUGUGGAGUUGUGUGGGUUGGAUAUGGGGACUUGAGGGGGAAGAUCAUAGGUAUAAAGAACCUAGUCGGAUUGUGAAGAGCGGGAGAUAUGAAUGAAGAUGUACGCGAUGUAGCGUAUCGUACAUAAUACUAAUAUCUACCAGAUCCG